AUGCGCCACGAGGGCACCGGCACUCAAAGAACUUACGCAUAUGGCAUGAAGCGAAGUGCGGUGCUGCAGCCAUUCACCGCUUCGCGGGUUGAGGAUACUGGAACUCUGAUCCGCUGUGAGCAUAUGCACCUCAGUACCUACACAAGUAAGCGGAAAUUCAAACAUGCAUCUAGACGGCCAUUUCGAGAUGCAGCAUUACACGUGCGCAUACAGACACGCUUCAGGAGGAUCCGGAUACGUGGUGUUUAUCAGUUGAAGGCGCUUCGCCAGCGCGCAGAUGAUGCGCGACGAGAGUCUACUUCAGAGCGUGAAGUUGCGCCGGCUCGCAUCUGCGGGUGCCGUAGGCCGUCAAGCUACGCGCCCCAGCUAGAAACGGUACUUCUCAGCAAUGGAGAGGCUGAGCCGCUGCUCGCAAGUACACGUGGAUCAGACAGUUUCAUGCAAACACGCGUCAACGUGCUCAGGCGCGUGGAUGCGGCACGCGGAAACCUCCCCACGGUGCGCUCCACGGCGAUAUUGUAUUACGCAGUGUACACGGACGACUUUUCAUACCACUGGUGCGCAGGAACUAGCUUUGUCACAGACGCGGGGCUCUUUGAAGGGGGGCUGACGUCGGCAGCUGAAUCACGCCUUGCCGCGCGACGUCUGCGUACCUCCGAGUGUGUCCGGCGAUAG